CCUCGCUUUCCGGCAGCGCGGCCCGGUGCUUGGCGGCAGCCUCCGGUGGCGGGGCCCGGUCGGCGCCAUGGACGUGGGGGAGCUGCUCAGCUACCAGCCUAACAGAGGAACAAAAAGACCUCGUGAUGAGGAGGAGGAAGAAAUCAAAGCCCGUCGGAAACAAGCCGGGGGCCGGGAGCUCGGCCGGCACCGGGAGGAGGAGUCUGCUGCGCUGGAGGACACUGAUGAUGAGAAGAAGAAACUUCUUCAGAUAAUGGAGAGGGAUGGAGAAGAGGAAGAGGAGGAAGAGGAACCUUUGGAUGAAAGUUCAGUGAAGAAGAUGAUUCUCACCUUUGAGAAGAGAUCUUACAAAAACCAGGAGCUGCGGAUCAAGUUUCCUGACAAUCCAGAGAAGUUCAUGGAAUCUGAACUGGAUCUGAAUGACAUCAUCCAGGAAAUGCACGUGAUUGCCACAAUGCCAGACCUGUACCACCUGCUGGUGGAGCUGAAUGCCGUGCAGUCCCUCCUUGGGCUGCUGGGACAUGACAACACAGAUGUUUCCAUAGCUGUGGUAGACUUGCUUCAAGAACUGACUGAUAUAGAUACUCUCCAUGAGAGUGAAGAAGGAGCUGAAGUCCUCAUUGAUGCUCUAGUGGAGGGCCAGGUCGUGGCUUUGUUGGUCCAGAAUUUAGAGCGCCUGGAUGAGAGUGUGAAGGAGGAAGCUGAUGGUGUCCACAACACGUUGGCAAUCGUGGAGAACAUGGCAGAGUUCCGCCCAGAGAUGUGCACAGAAGCUGCUCAACAGGGCCUCAUGCAGUGGUUGCUCAAGAGGCUGAAGGCAAAGAUGCCUUUUGAUGCCAACAAGCUGUACUGCAGUGAGGUGCUGGCUAUUCUGCUCCAGAAUAACGAUGACAACAGAGAAUUGCUUGGGGAGCUGGAUGGGAUCGAUGUGCUGCUUCAGCAGUUAUCUGUGUUUAAACGACACAACCCCAGUACAGCAGAAGAACAGGAGAUGAUGGAGAACCUGUUUGACUCCCUUUGCUCCUGCCUAAUGCUCAGUUCCAAUCGUGAUCGCUUCCUGAAGGGCGAGGGUCUGCAGCUGAUGAACCUGAUGCUCAGAGAGAAGAAGAUCUCCCGCAGCAGCGCCCUGAAGGUCCUGGACCAUGCCAUGAUUGGACCUGAGGGCACAGACAACUGCCACAAGUUUGUUGACAUUCUUGGUCUGAGGACCAUCUUCCCACUCUUCAUGAAAUCGCCCAAAAAGAUAAAGAAGGUUGGAACGACUGAAAAAGAACAUGAAGAACAUGUCUGUUCCAUCCUGGCCUCCCUCCUGCGAAACCUGAGAGGGCAGCAGAGGACACGGUUACUGAAUAAAUUCACAGAGAAUGACAGUGAGAAGGUUGAUAGGCUGAUGGAACUGUAUUUUAAGUACCUGGAUGCCAUGCAGGCAGCUGAUAAGAAGAUUGAUGGAGAGAAGCAUGACAUGGUGCGUCGGGGAGAGAUCAUAGACGAUGACAUGGAAGAUGAGUUCUAUCUGCGCCGCCUGGAUGCUGGUCUCUUUGUUCUACAGCUCAUCUGUUACAUCAUGGCAGAGAUCUGCAAUGCCAGUGUUCCCCAGAUUCGUCAGAGAGUCCAUCAGAUUCUGAACAUGAGAGGCAGCUCCAUUAAAAUUGUUCGACACAUCCUAAAGGAGUAUGCAGAGAACAUCGGGGAUGGGAAGAACCAGGAGUUCCGGGAGAGUGAGCAGAAGAGGAUCCUGGAUCUGCUGGAGAGUUUCUGAGGACUCGGGGGCCAAAUUCCAUGUCUGCCCAUGAGGUCAAGGCAUCUGGUUCUCCCUUCUCCUCCUGCUGCUGCUGCCACCCUCCUCCAGCCCUGAUUGUGUGAUGAAAGUGAUGUUUCUAUGAAACUGCUUCUAAAUGAGAUUUUGGAGAUAUUAAAGAUAGUUGGCUUUUUUUUAA